UACGCCAAUGAUGGAAGUGGAGAACUUCACCAUUUUUAUUAAGAAUAGCAUCCGCUUUCCAACCUUCAACUACACAAAAGGGAACUUCCUCACUACCAUCACUAACGAUUACAUCAAAACGUGUAACUUCGACAUGGUCAACAACACCUACUGCCCCAUCUUCAAAGUGGGAGACGUGGUCCGCUACGCUCAGCAGAACUUCACCAAGCUGGCAAACAAGGGAGGAGUGAUUGGGAUAAAGAUCGGUUGGGUAUGUGAUCUGGACAAGUCAGAUGACCAGUGUAACCCCUCCUACUCAUUCACACGGCUGGACGCCAUGUCCCAGAAGAAUGCAGUCUCACCAGGCUACAACUUCAGGUUUGCCAAAUACUUUAAGAUGGACAAUGGAACGGAAUACCGCACUCUAGUUAAAGCCUAUGCCAUUAGGUUUGAUGUUCUGGUCAAUGGAAAUGCAGGCAAGUUCAACAUGAUCCCGACACUCAUCAACAUGGUGGCCGCCUUCACGUCAGUGGGAGUGGGCACGGUGUUGUGUGACAUCAUUCUGCUGAACUUCCUGAAAGGAGCGGAGCAGUACAAGGCCAAGAAAUUUGAAGAGGGAACUGUUUGUCCUCUGCCUGAGAGUGUGUUCCCAG